CAUAUGCGGAAGGAGACCCACCCGUGAGUGUACCGCAUCUUCAUCGACAUCCCACACACCUCAUACAUGCGCUCGAAGAGAAUUCUACGUAUCACCGGUGCAGUAGAUGACUUCCCUCUGCGUUCAUUUAGUGCGGCGCAUCAGUCACUACGGGUUCUUGGAGUGGCUCGACACGCACUAGAACCCGCAUCCAGCAGCGCUCGCCCGGUUUCAUCAUGUUCCGAGUCGAAAAACGCCCUCAAUCAAGACGUAGCCUAAAGAGGACCUGUUCAAUGACUCUGUGUUUGGUAUGCAUGUACCGGCGGGAGUGCAAAACACCUUGUUUGGUACGCGCUGUGAUUUUGAAGGGAUCACUCUAUAUUCAGUUGCUUCUCACCAUUUCGAAGGUUGCAUACAGGGCGGCGCCUGCAGGAUCACCAUCUCCUUUCGCUCUUAAAAAGCCGACGAAUAUUACCAUGGAGGUCGUUCGGUUGAGUGCCCUAAGCCUCAAGGCCUCAUGGGUCGCACACAGUCACGUUUGCAGAGAUGACAUGCGGCUCUGCGCGAUAGUCUGUUUUGCUCGACGCAUAUAUGCGAGUUCUAGGCACUGUCCUUGCACUAUAAGAGCGAACAUGGGAUUGAACAUUGCAAUCUUCGCCCUGAUGUCACUAGGCUCGCAUUCGUAGAAAUCACAGGUAUGAAGUGGCCGGGAAUUGACGACCGCCGUGUCACCCCUCGCAAUCGCACGAGACGGCAUCCUCGCAGAGAUAUGCCGUCAUGUUGACCCUUGCAUUGAACCCACUCACCUAGAAGAGCAGGGAACCCUCGGCGGGUACCAAAGCAGGUGCAUCCGGACCGUGUCAUGCUGGCCUCCCUCGCACGGAUUUGUCGUGUUUUCUCCAACGUCGCGCUGGAUGCCCUCUGGAGACAACUGGACUCGCCGGAGCCACCACUCCGUUUGAUUCUGCGGGGUCUGAGACGCGCGCCCGCGGAGACCCUGAACCUCGCCGAAGCUGGCUUCGAUGGCAAUGUCUUG